UUAAAUCUCGAGGUGUAAACAAACUAUAUAGUCCAAUAAAUACAAUAUAAGCAAAAUAGAACGAGUAAUGACUGAAUUGUGUCGAGUUUGUAUGCUAAUUUCCCAAGACGUGAUAAAUAUAUUCGAUGAAGACCCAGAAUCGGAAUUUUCUAUAGUUCAUCUUAUUUCUCACUAUACUGGACUGGAAGUCAAGCGGGGAGAUUCGUUUCCAGAAAUAGUUUGCUCAAUGUGCUUGCAGGAUGCUAGAGAUACAUUUGGGAAUUUUCGAUUGAGUGGUGAAAGCCACCAAACUGACAACAAAAGAAAGGAUGCGGUUUUACUGGAGGAAAAAGUGAGUCAGAUGUUACACUGCCAAGUGAAGGAGGAAUUUCUUGAGGAGGAUUUACUUCAGGAAAUAGUUUGUGAGAUAUCAGACAGUGAAAGUGAGCAAUCGUAUUUAACCCAGGAGGUCAAUUACUCUACAAAUAAAGAAGAGUUAAAUGCACACCAGGAAACCCAACAGUUAUAUGUUCAAAAUUGUGGGGGCAUUGAAGAUAAUAAGGACUGCGAUAACGAUGAUCCGCCGUUGAAGAGCCACGACUGUGAGAAACACUAUUGUCAUCUUCAAUUGCACGAAUGUACUCACGUUGGGAGAAAGCCAUUCAAAUGCACCCAGUGUCCAAAAACCUGUCGUACUGCCGCGGAUCUUAGACGCCACAAUCGGAUUCAUACGGGAGAACGGCCAUAUAAAUGCGAUUACUGCGAAAAGACUUUCAGGGAUCGUCAGGUUCUUAGGGUGCACAUUCGAGUUCACACGGGAGAACGACCCUAUAAAUGCACUUACUGCGAAAAGACUUAUAAGGAGCCGAAAUCCCUUAGGGUGCACACCCGGAGUCAUACGGGAGAACGGCCUUACAAAUGUUCCUAUUGCCUUUCUACUUUUGCGGAUCCCUCAAGCUUUAGGACCCACACCCGAAUCCACAAAAGAAAAACAAUAUAAUAUAAAUUAUUAUAUAUAAUAUUUAGUCAUGUUUCGAAUAUAUACCUUAGUGCACAUCAAAUGUACAAAUUGGAAGAAUAUUUUAUAAUUAAAGUCUUUCACUUUUUUUUACCAUAA